GCCAAAAUUGAAGGUGGAAGGCUGUGAGAACCUCCUAUUAUAAUCAGGGAAUUGAAGAUACACUUUCAUCAAAUGAUAAUACAAAAUAAGAUGAUGUAGAUACACAUGUCAGAGGAAAGAAAAAGAAGAAAUUGUCAAUGGAUAGGAAGGGGAAUGAUGAUUCCACGGAAAGUGAAGCCGAUGAUGAUAUCGACCAACCUAAUGAAAUAGAAGGUGGACGACAUGGCUUGGAAGACAGCAAUGCAACAAAUGCUGAAGAGAAUAACAAUGAUAACUCAGGAAGAAAGAGAAGAAAGAGCGAUGAGGAAACUAAAGCAGGGGCAGAGGAGUGCUAUUUUCUUCUAUAACUUUUCCUCUUCGUCAAACGGUGUCGUUCUACAUUUUAUUUUAAUAAGGAUAAAACUCUAAACGACGGUCGUAGAAAUGUUAGGGUUUAUAGAAAAAAUUGCCGAACUCCACCUCACAUCUUUGACUUCUUUGCUUCUUGCUAAAUCCCAA